GCGGCAGGACCGGAAGGGGGAGACCGGGGGGAGUGAAAUAAGGAGCGGACCGUGUGCGCUGCGGGUUGUUGCGGGUGUUUAUCUGCUGGUUAGUUUAAUCUCACAGUUUGUUCACGCGAAGAAAAUACAACCCGGUUCAGUCCGUGUCGGACUCGUCUGAACCGGAACUCGGGGGGAACGUUGCUGAUGAGCCGGGGAAACUGCGCCGCCGCACAGCCUGCUGGGAAAUAUGUUAACGACAGAGCUACGUUGAUUGGAGCUCCGCGGCGCGUGCAGGCUGAAAGUAAAGACACAGUAAAGCGAAGUAAAGCGAAGAGACGGAAGCUGCUGCAGACAUGUCUGUGUCUCUGUCAGCAGAGAGAGACAGGAUCCAGAGACAGGUGGAAGAGCUGGAACAGAGUCUGUCUGCAACACACACUGAACUGGAGCUGCUGAGCAGUGAGACAGGUGAUGAAUCAGAUGACGAGGACGAGGAGGAGGAGGAGCAGUCUGAACAGAAUUCCCUCCUGCAGUGUGAGUCUGCAGCCGGUCUAUUGGCUCAGAGAGAGAAGAUCCAGAAGGAGAUCCAGAACCUGGAGAACGUCCUGGGACCACACAGUCCAAUCUACGCGUCAGAUGACGAUGAUGAUGCCAGCAGCAGUGACGAGAGUGAGCUGGGUCUGUCGCUGUCAGUGGGCUCAUGUCUUCAGAUGAACCUGGUCUAUCAGCAGGUGGUUCAAGAGACCCUGGACCAGCUGGAGACACUGCUGACACACAACCAGAAACAGCAGAAGGAGGUGGUGUCUCAGCUGUCCGGACCAGUCAAAGAGUCACCCAGGGAACGUUGCCCUCCGUCCUCCUGCCAGCAGCCGUUUAACAUGUUCCUGGGACGCUUCCUCAAACCGUACUUCAAGGACAAACUGACAGGCCUGGGUCCUCCAGCCAAUCAGGAGACAAAGGAGAAGGCCAAUAGGAUGGCGGGCUGUCUGGACAACAAUAAGCUUAAACUGAAACGAUGGGAAAGCUGGCAGAAGACUCUGUUGAUCCACUCAGUAGCCAGAGACAGUCUGAGGAAACUGAUCCAGCCCAAACUCUCCAAGGUGGACUACCUGACUCAGAAGCUGUCCUCAGCAGUGGAGACAGACAGGCAGCAGCUCAGAGAGCAGAUAGACAGUCUGGAGAGAGAGAUCGACCUGCUCAGAGGGAAGAAGGAGGAGGAGCUUAUUGGUGAUCGAUAUGAAGAACAUGACUGGCAGAAAAUCUCUAAUAUUGAUUUUGAAGCAACGAGGGAUGCGGACGACAUCCGGUGUUUCUGGCAGAACUUCCUCCACCCGUCCAUCAACAAGACUCGGUGGAGUCAGGAGGAGGUGCAGCAGCUGAAGGAGAUCAGCAUGAGACACGGAGAGAGACACUGGGAGACCAUCGCUGCAGAGCUGGGGACGGGGAGGACGGCCUUCCUGUGUCUUCAGACGUACCAGCGUUUCGUCUCGGCCUCGUUGAGACACAGCAGCUGGACUCCGGCUGAAGACGCUCUGCUCAGAGAGCUGGUGGACAAGAUGAGGAUCGGAAACUUCAUCCCCUACACGCAGAUAAGUUACUUCAUGGAAGGUCGUGACCCCGCCCAGGUGAUCUACCGGUGGUGCCAGGUGCUGGACCCGAGCCUGAAGAAAGGUCCGUGGACCAAGCAGGAGGACGAGCUGCUGAUGAGGGCGGUGUCUCUGUACGGAGAGGGGAACUGGUGGAGGAUCCGGUUGGAGGUUCCUGGUCGCACCGACAGCGCCUGCAGAGACAGGUAUUUAGACACUCUGAAGGUGGAAACAAAGAAAGGCCCGUUCGACAAACAGGAGAGGGAGCAGCUGCUGCAGCUGGUGGAGAAACACGGAGUCGGUCGCUGGGCGAGGAUCGCUGCUGAGAUUCCUCACCGUAACGACGCUCAGUGUCUCAGAGAGUGGAGGAAAAUGUCCAAGAUCUGCAGAACUCCUCCACCUCAGAAAAGUAAGAAAGGUAAAAAAACACCACAGAGUCGGGGGAGAGGGACGAAGAAGAAGAACCUCCCGACCAAGAGGACCAUCAAGCGCCGACUGAUGAAACUGAAGGAGGAGGAGGAAGAGGAGCGGAAGGAGGAGGAGCAGAUGGAGUUGGAGUACAUGGACAGUGAUGAUGAAAAGAAGAAGGAGGUAGUGGAGGUGGAGAAGAUUGAGGAGGUGGAGAAGGAGGAGGAGUACACCUUCCCCCUCAUGCAGGAGUGGAUCCCAAUAGAAAGAGCAGAACCUUUCAGCUUCCUGACCUUUCGACCGGUGGAGAUGGCUUCCUCUGCAGACGCCCCCGGUGGGAAACGUGCCCGCUCCACCGUACUGGGCCAGUUCGGACGCUCCGUCAUCAUCGGACCGGAACCCAGAGAGCUGCCGGGGGGGAAGCACCACAGCCUCAGCACCAUGAUGAUGGUGUCAGCUGACCAGCUCCGAGCGCACCUGCAGCGCCAGGCGCAAACCUUCAACGACCUGAGCUCCACCCGAAGUAAGGUCCAGACCGUCAAACGGAGGCAGCUGGGCCAAACGACGGAGGUGGGGCUGCGCUACGAGCUGCAGGCCGCCGUGACACCGUGGAUCGGGAACCUGUUGAUCCCAGCGAAGACGAGAUUGACGGUGGCCGACGCUCUGAGGGAGCAACAGGAGAAGACCCAGCUCUCCUCAACCGCCGUCUUCCUGCUCCUCCUCCAGACCAUGAAAGUGGACGUUGUGGGCUGUAAGGAGAUGAUAGAGCAGAGGAGGAGCAGGGGGUCUUCAGUGACACCUCCUCCGGACCCUGCCACGAAUAACCCCAGGAACAUCGCACGACCUCGGCAGCAGAGGGAGGCCAGAGACGGUCCGCUGCAGUUAGACAUGGAGCUGAUCCUGAACCAGCUUCAGGCGCUGCAGCAACAAGACAAACACAACAGGCAACAACAGCAACAACGUCUACAGCAACUCCUGCUGCUGCAGCAACCGCCUCCUCGCCUCCCAUCGCUGCCUCCUCCUCUCGGCAUUCUUCCUCAGAUGCUUCCUAACAUGCAUCCUGGGAUGUCUCCUAUGUCGUCUCCUCAGGCUGUCUUCAUUCCUCACCCUGUCACUCAACCUCGUGGUGCCUCCAUCCAGCUCAUGCCUCCCCGUUUCCUAACAGCACCCCCUCCGGGACUGCACACACCUCCUGCUGGGGUUGUCACUUGUCCGUUCCCUGCACUUCCUGCUCCUCAUAGACUUCCUCCUGUCUCUGUUGUCCCAGUGCCCCUGAACACCACAUCUGCCUGCUCUGCCUCUUCCCCCCAACCAGCUGGACCUCAAAACCUCAUAGUCACCCUGCCUGGUUCCCUGAAUCACCACGUUCCUAUUGGAUCUACACCUGCCAGUCAGCUCCUUCUGACUCCCUCCAACGCCAGCGGCCCCAUCACUUGCCCCGGCCAGCCUCAUCCUGCCCCCAGUCCAUCUACCUCCAUCCCCAAACCUCUCGAAGGGAGGGGGCAACAGGUGGCGGAAGACCCAGAGGCCAGCAGCGGUCAGAGUGGGGAGCUUUUGAACAGGGCAGUUAAUGGUGUGGACAGGAAAGGGGAAGGGAUCGAGGAAGGAAGGCGGAUUCUGAAGACGAGUCUGACUCUGCAGGAAGUCACUGAGUCCAAGGCUGAAGCCGGCAGAGCUCAGAUCCAGAACACCGCCUGCACCGCUCUGAUCCAGCUGGUGCCUCAGACUCCUCCCACCUCUGCGACCAUGUCCCCCACGCCUCCUCAAAGACCUCCUCCUGCUGGGGUCGACUCCUCUCCUCUGACCAGAACUGACACACCUUCUCAUGCUCCUCUUUUAAUAGGAGACACUACACCUCCUGCUGCUGCUCUCAGACUGAACGCCACACCCGCCCGCUCUGAUAGGACGGUGUCUUCAACUCAAAACUUUAGUUUAGCCCCGCCCCCCUCCAAACCCACCAAUCAGCCCUCUGCUUCCUCCACUUCAGGCCACCCUGCUCCUCUCCACAGCGAUCAUAACUACACCAUUUCUUGCUACCCCACCAACAGUCACCAUGGCUCAACCUCAGUUAAACAAAGGCCUGCCCCCAAACGCCGAAAACCCCGGCGCCGUAAAUCUGACUCCACCCCCAAAAAGCCUCCUAAAGCCCCGCCCAAAGGGAGGAAACGAGCGAGGGUGGAGGAGCAGCAGAGUGUGACAAGCAGUCAGGAAAACCAAUGUGUGGGCAGGACAGGUGACGGCGUGGGCGGGACAGGUGAUGGCGGGAAAGGUACAGGUGAUGGCGGCAAAGGUACAGGUGACGGCGUGGGCGGGACAGGUGACGGCGUGGGCGGAACAGGUGACGGCGGGAAAGGUACAGGUGUGAUCCAGGAAGGAAAGAGGGUUCGGAAGCCGAGUCAGCGAGCCAGAGCUGUUCAGGAGGCGGUUCAGGAGAAGGCUGAAGCCAAGAUGAAAAGAACUUCUUCUUCUUCUCCUUGUAAGAAGCGCUCCCGUCUGUCUCGCAGUAAACAGGAAGUGGUUGUCCAGAAUCCGCCGGUACUCCCCGGGUUUUGUUUGCUUCCCGGUCAGUCCAUGUGGGUCAUGACUCCUGGUGGGCUGGUCCAGCUGGCAGAAGGUCUGCCCCAAGGCCUGCGGCUGGCGUUCGUACCAAGCACUCCCCUUCCAGCUCAGCACGGGAACAUUUUAACUUGUCAUCAAGCCACGCCCCCUGUACAAUCUGCCGCUGGGCCCGCCCCCAUAAUCUUGCCAGGACUGAAUCAGCCACAACCUCUUCCUGCCCCACCCACUUGUCCUUCCAAGCCCCUCCCCCCAGCCUCAACCCUAAAACCACCUCCAAAAACCGUCUCCGCCAUUCUCUCCUCCAUGCGAACCAAGCCCGGUGUGGACCCAGUGGCGCCUCCUCGUCUCAGGAGGGAGGCGCUGGAGUUCGACCCUGCCCUGAUGUUCUUGGAAUCCCCGGCGGAGGUGCGUGAUUGGCUGAGUGGUCGGGGAGGGGUGGGGCUACCUGGAGUGGACGUGACUCUUCCCUACCUGCCCCCCUUUGUCAGCAGUCUGAACACGCUUAGUGCACUGCUCCGGGUCAAGAAGGCCCUGACUAAAUCCUGCUUGCAGCUGCUGUGUCGCGGGUCUGAACCCCAUCGGCCUCGACCCAGACCUGACAGCAGCGCCAAGAGGACGCCCAGUACUGACCUGCCAGACUCCACCUCUGACCUCAGACCCGCCGCAGACAAACCAAGUAGCACAUCAGCUCCCGCUGUCAGCUCCACCCACCUGGAGGAGGAGGAGGCGGAGCUUGUGGCAACGGUGCGUCAGCUAGUGGCGGAGCGUUUCUCAGAUAACCCCGCCUACCAGCUGCUGAAAAUCCGCUUCCUGUCCUGCUUCACUGUCCCUGCCCUCCUGGCCACCAUGCAGCCAAUCACAAACAAGACUGUAACGCGCCCAUCCAGUGAGGAGGAGGAGAUGGAGGAGGUGGAUGACGAGGAGGAGGAGUUAAAAAACAUCAAAGAAAGAGGAAGACGGAGGAAAGCUGAGAGAUCUUUGCUGCUGCGUGAUGGGUCCGGAGCUCCAGCCAAUCACUUCUCUGGAAUCAACACCAGCCCGCCCUCCACCGACCUCGACCAGAUCACUCUAGACCGGACCGCUCCAGACCGGACCACUCCAGUGUUCUGUUCCUCAGCCGACAUGUUGGAUGAGUUGAAAAUGAAAAGUCAGUUUGAGGUUGGAGACGGUUUAAAGUAAAUGGUUUUCUCUCUGGACAGCCGCAGGACUCCGAGAGCCGGCUGAGUUUUUGGGUCUGAGUUAGAUGUUCUGAUAACAAAGCUCAUAAAUCAGCAGUGUGUCCUUGAAUGCACUAAAUAGUAAUGUGUUGUUUAAAUCAAGUUUCAGUCUGCAGGAGGAUUUUGACAGAGAUGAGGUGAAGCUGUUUGUGCUUAAAGGAAGAUCAGUAUAAAAUGUGAUGCGCAGGGACGUGAAGGCGAAGAACCCUGCAGGUUUAACAGAAUCAUUUGGAGCUCUGUGGGGCGUUCAGGUAUCUCAGAGGGAAGAAAUUGCACUAAACAAUGUGUUGUUUGUUUUUGUUGUCUUCAUUAAGCUUCUGUAAAGAAAAUGUUCAGUAAUUAUUUUGUAAUAAAGAGAGUUUAAGUGA